AUUAUUAUUUCUCUACAAAUAUAAUCAAUACUUAAGUCACCGUUGAACGGCACGUUAGCGCCUCAAGUUUAACGCUAGCCAACCAGUGAAAUAGUAACUGGCGCAGCUGGACUUGACACAUGACGUAUUAAAUGCACACGGGAGUGUCAGGAGAGGGGGAGCAACCUUCUAAAAACAUGUCCCGACUGGCUCAGCAAUCUCCACUAAUACCAUUCAUUCCAAGGUUGCCGUAUUUCUCGAGGAACCGGCACACGUUUUGGCUCCAAGUGGCAUUUGCUGCUGAUGGACAAGCUCUGCUGACAAGGACGCUCAAAUCUUGCACAAUCCAAAAGCUUCCACUACCCCACGCUGUCACUGUAACCACAGUUACAAAGUAACUCCAAACCUCUACCCAGAACACCCCUUCCAGUUUGAGAAACACUGUUGCUUCCCUGCUGAGCGACGGGAUCCUUUUUAGUUAUCAAAUCCUUUAGAAAACAGGAUGGCUGGGAUAAGAUUUUCAUCAUUGGCCAUUUUCAGAGCUACAGCCACAAUAUAACGGGACAAAGACGCACAUAGGAAAGCACUGAUGGGAGAACUGGCAGCCUCAGACCUUGAUGACAAGAGGAGGCCGAUGGGAGAAGACCGCGAAAGUGAGACAGAGGAUGCAGAGGAAGCAUCGGGCAAAAGCAGAGGCAUGCAGAUCCCCACGCACCGCUGGGUAAUGCACGGAGCAGUCAUGUUUGGUCGAGAAUUCUGCUAUGCUAUGGAAACUGCCCUGGUCACACCAGUGUUGCUGCAGAUAGGCUUGCCUGAACAAUAUUACAGUCUAACAUGGUUCCUCAGUCCUAUCUUUGGUCUCAUCCUCACACCUGUGAUGGGCUCGGCCAGCGAUCGCUGCACACUGCGCUGGGGUCGGAGGAGGCCUUUCAUACUGGCUUUGUGUAUUGGUGUACUGCUCGGUAUGGCCUUGUUCUUAAAUGGCUCCUUAAUUGGCCUUUCCAUUGGUGACCGUCCCAAUAGUCAGCCGAUGGGCAUCAUCCUCACAGUUUUGGGAGUGGUGGUGCUGGACUUCUGUGCCGAUGCAUGCGAUGGACCCAUCAGAGCUUAUCUUCUUGAUGUUGCGGACACAGAUGAGCAAGAUAUGGCCCUAAAUAUCCACGCCUUUUCGGCAGGACUAGGUGGCGCUUUGGGCUACAUGCUAGGCGGUCUCGACUGGACUGGCACAGCUCUGGGCCAAGCAUUUAAGUCACAGCAGCAAGUGCUCUUCCUUUUUGCGGCCAUCAUCUUCUUUAUCUCCGUCAUACUGCACAUGUUCAGUAUCCCCGAGAAGCAAUUCGUGGCAUCCCAGCAGCUUAAUAUCACAGGAAGAAGGGAUUCUACCAGUCAAUCAACUUACCGCCUGGUUAGUCAUACACCACCGCUCCUUGAAGUCAUCGCAGAAGAGGACCCCCCUUGCCGAGAGAACGACCGAUCAGAUUCUGAGGCCAAGUUAAUGGACUUUGUGGCUAUGGAGCGAAUGCGGAGUAAAAGCGAUUCAGUCUUAGCCAUGCCAGACAUGAAAAUCAAGCUGGAUCCUGACCUUGACCUGCAGGUGCACCUUUUUUUGCCAGAGGUACAUCAAGCUUUACCUGAAAUCCAGGAAGGUCUAGAAGAUGUUUUCAAGCCUUCAAACCAGAGUAUUGGGGUUUUAAAUCCUGGUGGACCACCCAAACAUACAGAUGAAACCGUAGUUGUGGAAUCUGGAGAUUCUGCCUUAGCUGAUCUUAAUGGUCAGAUUAAUGGUCCUGCUGAAGUUAGUCCUGUCUCUGACUGCUCAAAUAUGAAAUCAAAGCAGACCACACUGGCUAAUGGUGUUGGCGUCAAUGCUGGCUUGUCCCCCACCGAGCACUGCAAUGCAAACAAAAACCACACCUCCAACAAAGCCGGUACUCGGCUCCUCAGUGCCACGGCUUCUCCACGGCCACGCAAGCAUACAUUCUACCGACAACCCUCUUUCACAUUUUCGUAUUAUGGACGAGUGGGAUCGCAGCGUCACCGACUGCGACGGACAACCACCUCAAGCCCUCCGCCAAUCACCACUUCCCGCAGUCUGAAUGAUCUGAGCGAUCUGCAGCUGCAUGCAGACAGGAGGGAGUUUCAGUUGUCUGAAAGCAGUCUAUCUUCAGAAGGUUCCAGCAGCGAUGGCGGGCCCAGCAAGGGCACAACCGUACGAUUGCUGUGGUUGUCAAUGCUGAAGAUGCCAAAGCAGCUAUGGAGGCUGUGUGUAUGCCACCUGGUCACAUGGUUCUCCUACAUAGCUCAAGCCGUCUUCUACACAGAUUUCAUGGGACAAGUCAUCUUCCAUGGUGACCCCAAGGCACCAUCCAAUUCCACAGAGUUUCUGAAUUAUAACAGUGGAGUCCAAAUGGGGUGUUGGGGGCUUGUAGUCAAUGCGGCAACUGCUGCUGUCUGCUCAGCCAUCCUUCAGAAGUACCUGGAUAACUUUGACCUGAGCAUCAAGGUCAUCUACAUUAUGGGGACUCUGGGUUUUGCAAUAGGAACCGCGGUGAUGGCUAUCUUCCCAAAUGUGUACGUUGCCAUGGUAAUGAUCAGCAGCAUGGGCAUCAUCUCUAUGAGCAUGUCCUACUGUCCUUAUGCCUUAUUAGGACAGUAUCAUGAAAUUAAAGAGUUCGUCCACCACAGUCCAGGCAACACUAGAAGAGGUUUUGGCAUUGACUGCGCAAUCCUGUCAUGCCAAGUCUAUAUAAGCCAGAUUCUGGUCGCAUCAGCGCUGGGAGCGGUCAUCAAGGCCGUCGGCAGCGUGCGAGUCAUUCCGAUGGUGGCCUCUGGCAGCUCCUUCCUCGGCUUCCUUGCCGCCUGUUUCCUCGUUAUUUAUCCUGACGAGGAUUCGGACAAGGAUUCCAGCGAUCAGGAGUUGCCCUGUUUGUCAGUUGAGCUGGGCCACCAUGGAGAAGAUGGUGGCGAGACAUUGGCUUUGCAGAAGCUGGCCAACAGAGAAGGCCUUAAGAAUACUGAGAAGCUCCCAGUCGCAUGAGCACAAACGAUUCUUAAGUGUUGAAGGAGGAAUGAGAUGAGACGAGGCAGAGAUGGAAAUGUGUGGCAAAAAAAACCAAAUAAUAAGAAUAAUAACCACAGGAAUACAGUGGGGUUGGAUUUGCACAGAUAUGUCUCCUUUGUGUGAGGAGUUUUCUGCACGUCCCUUUACUACCUCAGCCCAAACAGGCUAAAGUGAACGAGAUGGACCGAACGAGGUUGGAAGAAAGUUUUCCGAGAUGUUUUUCGGAAACCUCAAAAUGAGAAGGCACACACAGCACUUUGUGUCUCAUUCCUGAGCUGGUGAUCCUGCAGAAUUACGUAAUGCCUUCCAGCUGUUUCACAGAUGAUCACGAUGCUGUCGGCUAAGGAGAGAUGUAAAUUUGUGUUCAGUCAGGUUAAUGAAAAUGGCAAACCUCUCGAUUUCAAUUAUCAGCAGGUUUGUCUGGUGUGCUUUACACACGCGCAGACUGAUAUGCUUUAUUCACUGUGAUCACAAGGUAAACAUUCACAUAAGUGGCUUCGGCGCCAUUAGUUAGAGCCUGUAUUUUUGUUUGGUGAUGAGAGCACUGUGCUCUCUUAUGCUGUGACCACAUUGGCAUUGAAUUGCAUUGUGAAAUGAUACAUUAUGCCAGUUGCGCUACGUUUUCAACCACAGGUACAUUUCAAUUUCCUCGUUCACAUCCUCGAGAGCCCCCUUGUUUCUUUUUUUUUUAUGGGCUAGGGUUAUAA